AUGGACUUCAAGGUGCCAGGCCAGCUGUUCCCAUUCAUUCGACUUGCAGCAUGGACCACCAUGGCCACUGGCAACCACAAAGCCAUAGAUGGAUUUGCCAAGAUCUUGUCCAAGUCUGACCUUGACAGGCUCAAAAGCAACCAGACCAUCCCCAAAACAAUGGAAGCUGAGACCAUCUUGGCAGAUGCAUGGAAUACCAUUGAGAAACUAGCCAAUUGUGACCAAGCCAACAGCCAGAAGAUCCAAGAAGGCCACUACCAGAAGUGUUUUGGAAAGUUGGCCAUCAGGGUGAUCCUCUUCAUCUGCCAGAAGCAAAAGAAUUCCAGAGAAACCAAUAAGCACUGGACUUCCAUCCAAGAAAUCUUGGAGCAGUUCAAGAAAGAUUGUGAAUCCACAGAAUGCAGCCAAAGUUCUGCAGCUGCACCCACAGAGCCUGAAACCAGAGAAGUGAAGGAUUUGCUCACAGCCACACCAGAGACCAUGGCUUUGAUCCAGAACAACCAUCUGAAGAUUGGUUACCUGUAUUGCAACCCCAAGGACCAUGAGCAGAAGGUGUUCAUAUUUAUGAAGAUUGAUGGCUCCCAUGCCACCAUGCUCCACCAGCCAAUCCUUGGCCCUGAGUUGGAAGUCAAGGAGGAGGAGGAGGAUGCCAACAUGUCCAUCUCCCACCUGACCAUUGACACCAUCAAGAUUCCAAUUUUGACCAAUGAGGCACCCAUUGAGAAGGACCAGCCAUUGCUUUAUCCUAUGCCUGACAGAGAUGAGGGUGGCCAAGCUGAGGCCAAGGCCAAAGCUAAGUCACAGGGCAAGAAAAGAAAGGCUACAGCAUAG